GAAUUGUGUAGGCUAAUCUUUAAUAGAAAUCACAACCCGAAAGAGAUUCCAGACCGAGGAUGCCCCAAAUCCCCUUCCAGACGCGGAUGUGGGAUCGCUUUCAGAGCCAUAAACGCGAUGUUUUCUUCGCCUGCGUGGCGGCGUGCGCUCUGUGUUUGACCGCACGCGCUGAGAUGAUGCGACAUGGGGUUUGGAGGCCGGAACCCCCCAUUGAGACCCACCCAAAGGUCUCCAGGCAAUUUGGCCACAAAAAAGACGGAUUGUCUACUUAGGUAUUCGUAGUCCUCUUCAGGUUGCUUCAAACCUAAAAAGGGAAAAAAAUGAGGUCUGAUUUAGACGAGGAGUUAGCCCCUGAAUGCGGUUUCCAGCAAUUGGCAAUGCUGAUAUAUAUAUAUAUAUAUAUAUUCAUGAAUUUCAAACUUUUGCGCUUUAUGAAGGUAGAAUAAAGCGAGUGAUCAGUUUACUUGGUCACCCCGCACUCCCUAACAUUAUUUAAUAAACAGAGAAAGUGUAUUUUUCUACUUCCAUAUUUAACAUUAAUUUUUUCACUAUUCAACGAGAACUACUUUUGACUAGCCUUUUGGCUAUUUGUCUCAAAACCCUUAUCCGCCAUUUGUGUUUUCGUAUGCAGUAUAGAUUGAAAAGAAAACGAUGUAAAGGAUGGAGAUCAUGGAACAAUGAUCAAUGACUAUUUCUUUUUCAGCUAAUCUAGUUCGAUUUUGAUAAGAAGCAACGAACCUGAACAUUGUUAUUAUUGUUUGGGUAGUAGAAGAAGAAGGGUAUUAUCGUUAAUUCCAAGCAAAGAUUCCUCCAAAAGCGGCUCAUGUUUUGUUUUUUUUACGGGUCUUUGAACUGCGCUCGUUGUUAUGCUCCUGAUUGGAUGAAAUUCACUCCACGAGAUAUCGUGAGACUUUAAAAACUAGCGCGCUAUUAAAUAAAGCCCAUGAUUAUAUAAUACAUUAACGAAUCCUAUACUAGUGGAAAAAAAAUGAUUAGCUUCCCAGUAGAACUUUCCCGGUACGUGUAGGGUGAAUCUACAGGCGCCUUUUUUUAGCGAUUGCCUGCGAAUUUCGCCCUGGAAGGCUUCAAGUUUUAAAAAAGCAAAAAA